CGCCAAUGACUCUACGUACUGUUACUGCUACAGCUGCGGCAUCCUCUCGACAUCCGAUUACCUGAUCCCCACCCGUCAUUCAUGGGGUCCGUCCACUUUGGACCCCGUCUUCUUCUACAUUCAACAUCUCCCUUCAUCUAACCACAGCACCUCAGCCGGGGCGUUCAAGUUUCUUUUACCUCUCUCCUCCUCGAUAUACUUGUUUUUGUUCAGAUAGCCUUGGGUCAGUUGGCCUGCAGUGGCAACCUCCGAUCCGUCCUUUCGUUCCCUUCGCUCGCGUCGCAUUGCAUCACGACAUUGGCCAAGGGGGGCCGAUUGAAUCGAUCAAAGCUUCCGCCAGCGGGUAAGCUGUUCUGUCACGUUCACUUACGAAAACCGGGUACCCGAAUAUGAGCUCGACUCCGUCCAACUUGGGCAAGUCCCUUUCAGCAUCGACUUCCCAUUCGCCUUCGAUUCAGCCUGGUCCAGUCGCCUCGAGCUUCGAAUCCAACCGCCGACCCUCCCAACCCAGUCCUUCGUUUCCUCACGCAGCCCCCCGAAAGGGUCAGGGCUCUCGGAAGCAACACAAGAUGCAGCGAAGACCGGGACUUGGCGAUGCCCGACACGCAAACCCAGACGAUGACGAUGCCAUGGCCGAGAUACGGGCCAUAGGGAAUGCCAACAGUCGACGAGGUCAGACCUCAAUUACACAUCUUCUGAACUACAGUCGUCCGCCGAGUGCCUACGCGGAUCAUCAUUCUUAUGCUCGGAAUUAUAGACGGAAUCCGACCUGGGGACCUGGUUCGGGACACCACGCCGUAGACAAGGCGAGAUACGUGCAUGCGAAUUACAGAUUUGUUGUCUCACCAGAAGGCAAUUACGCUAGCCAAGCGGCUGACGCCGAUGUUCAUAUCGAUUGGAAUAACGUCCUGCAGAUUUUGGCCUCGUCCGAGUCGCAGGGGGCUAGUUGCCCGAUCUGUCUGUCAGAGCCGGUGGCGCCACGAAUGGCAAAGUGCGGUCAUAUUUUCUGCCUCCCAUGUCUGAUUCGGUUUAUGAACUCGACAGAUGAGGACUCGAAGCAUGGCAAAGGUGCAAGGUGGAAGAAAUGCCCGCUCUGCGAAGACAGCGUCUACCUUCACGAGACACGGCCCGUGCGUUUCUACGCAGGACAGGAGAGCCCUCUGCCGCGAGUUGGCGAUGACGUUGUGCUACGCCUUAUGGCCCGGACAUCCAAGUCGACCCUCGCAUUGCCUUGGGAGAAUGGUUCUGACGCGCUCAACGUGUCAGAUGACGUGCCCUGGCACUUUGCAGCCAAUGUUCUAGAUUACGCCAGGAUCAUGAAGGGAACUGGAGACUACAUGCUAGAGCAAUUCAACGAAGAGAUUGAGGCGCUGCGCAAACAAGGCACCGAGGACCAACUUCUUUACCACGACGACGACGAAUGGACCAAGAAAGCGAUCCGGGCCAUUGAUGCGGCGAAGGAGAAGGUUCAAGAUCUUGGCAGGAACGAUUCCAUGCUGCCAAAUAAGAAGCUGGGCAAUCAGAACAAGACUGUUCAGCCUGACUUCUACUUCUACUCAUCACAGCCGCAUCUCUACCUAUCAGCUCUCGAUAUACGUAUUCUCAAGACGAAAUAUGGCGACUUCUCUGCAUUUCCAUCUACGUUGCUGCCUCGCGUCGAGCACAUUUCAACAGGCCAUGUCCUAGAUGAGGUGCAGAGAAAGCGGGCCAAGUAUCUGGGUCAUCUUCCGUAUGGUUGCCGAAUCAGUUUUUUGGAAUGCGAUUGGACAGACAUUGUGUCGGCUGAUGUCCUCGAGAAGUUCGCUGAUGAGAUCGGCCGGCGAAGAAAGCGGAAUCGCGACAAGGCCGUACAGGAAGAACGUGAGAGGCUUCAAUCCGAAAGGAUUGAGGCUGCCCAGUUCAAGAGCACCGCGGCUAUGCGACGUGACUAUGGACCGAUCGAAGAGGAUCACGUUCCUGCGUUGAACUUGGAAGAGUUCCAACCCCUAUCAAGCCACGCCAAUGCUACGCCGCCCGAUCCGCGACCAGGUUUCGAGCAUCUCGCAACCAUUUCUACGAGUCCUUCCACGCAGAAAACUGUGUGGGGCACCUCUGUUGUGCCUGGCUCACCAGAGCUCGCCCCGGUUUCAAUGCGUCAACUUGAUGACGGGUGGCUCAAGGAUGAAGAUUUGUGGGGACCUCAGGAGCUUUCUUUCCAGAUGGAGGCUUUGGGUGUGACGGAGUCCGGUCCCUCUAGCAGUAGUACGGCCUUUGGGGCAGCUAGUAGCAGCAGUAAUGGCGGCGGUGGAUCGGGAGGAGCCGGUAAGGGAAAGAAGAAGAAGCAGAAGAUCACGCUGAUGAGCACCGGCGGGCGUAGGCAAGGUUAAGGGGCUAUAGUGGAAGGGGUUGAGACAAGUGGGUGGCAAGCGAUUUGCGGGAUUGCAAAGCGUGUUUUGGAGACGUACAGACUCUGAUUUUUGUGAGGUAGAGUCGGGUAUUGGUUUGGGGAGUUAUAAGAGGAAGUUUGUCACAACUACUUCAAUCAGACUAUUAAAGAAUCCAAAAUUCAGAUCGGUUCUCA